AUGGCCACCAAAGAGGCCACGACCGAACUCGAAAGGCCACCAGCAUAUACUGCGACAGAUCCGAACAGUCCAUCAGGCACGGCAACAGCUUCCAGCAACGCCAUAGAUCAGCAGGUCCAUACUUUCGAAAUCUACACCAGUCAUACUGGUCUUAACGUUACGAAUAGUCAACACCAGCUGUAUUAUAUCCGACAUUACGAGGUCGCAGAUCACGCGGACCUGAUCAUCUACGGUGGGUAUGACUACCAUGGGCCACAAUUAUCUAUGGUGAAAUUCACACCGUUCCAGAAGAAUCUUGAAGUAUACCUAGGCCGCCUGAAACGUCCGGGCAAACAAGACUGGGACACGAUCCGCUUUAUGCAAGAAGGCAUCAUCUUCCAUCACGACUUCUACCGCUUUGAACUCCCAGCCGAUACGAGCGUUACUGGAAGCCGGAAGCGUAACGUGCACUUCACGAAGACGCACUCUGGGAAGCUCGGCGCCUCUAAAUUCUCAAUACGAGACUUCAAGCUUGUGGACGAAAACGAUGAUACUGUAAUUGGAGUGUACACGGAGCAUGAUCUGGGUAUUCCUGGCACGCUGAAAGGAAAGCUGAAGUUCUGUGUGCCGCUUGGAUCGAACUCUGAGCUGCGUGCCUUGACGGGGGUCAUGGCACUGAUUGAGCGAAUGAGGCGCACACUUCGACAAGGUGGGAGAAUGGCACCAGGUUAUGUCUCGAAGUAG